AGGGCCAAUAUGGAAAAGGUGAUCAGAGAAGGAGCUUUACGACUACUUACCAAUGAAAGCUCAUGCGAUGUGAUCCUCAGUUGUCAGGGUCACCGGUUGAUGGCUCAUAAACUCAUCCUUUCAGUAGCCAGUCCUGUAUUCAAGUAUCUGAUCAGCGAAGCUCCCUUAGACACGGCAGUGUUAAUCUUUCCCGACGUCUCUGCCAGCAUAAUGUCGAUUCUUUUAGACUACGUUUACACUGGCACUGCUGUCGUCUACUCACAUGCGAUUCAAGAUUUCUUGGCUCUAGCUGAAUUACUCAAAAUUCACUUGGAUAUAUUACCCGAUAAGCCUCUUCUGGAUACCGUGAAGAAAAAAGAAGAGGAAUACCCUGAGAUAUACAGCAAGAGGACUAAAAGGAAAUUGCCAAACUUAGUGCCGAUUGAGCAACUACAAUGUCAGGAGAAACGAAGAAGACUGAAGAGCUUCGUGUUGCCAAGUCCUUGGUGUGCCAGAGGAGAAGCAAUUUUUGGUGAUCCCAGGGAAAGCAAAGAAAAUCUAGAAAAUAGGAUAUCUACAUUGAUACCAAAGCGACAAGAAAACGACAGCAAUAAUAAUUUCUCAAUGCCACCUUAUCCAAACUACUACCUCCCUAACAGUUUGUCGAGAAACGUAAUAGAAGAUUACAGAAUACCUAGGAUUCCUAUCGAACCAGCAGAAUCCAUAGAGCAUUUACCUACAUCAAACUUAAUAAGUAAUUUCAGCAGAAACUUCAGUCAAACGGAUUUUGAGAAUGUCCUUCCAAGACCUCCUAUGCAUCAGACGGAAGUUCGAUCACAAGGUUUGAAGGAUACUGAAGCCAGCAAGAGCUUAGUGCUCAAUGCAGAUCCCAUCAAAACUGAAGAAAGCAGGCUACUAUGGAACACACCUAUCCAAGAUCGCUUAAAGUUGUCAGAAGAUAAAGGCAGGAGAGACAAAGAGUCGAUCUCUUCGAUAUCUUCAAACGAGAAUAGCCGACAAGAAAGCACAGAAACAGGCAAUGCGGACCAGAAAGGUCAACGAUACGAUAAGCAAAAGCCGUUCAAGUGCGAGGAUUGUGGAAAAUGUUUCAGUCAGCUAAGGAAUUACAAGUACCACAGAUCUGUCCACGAAGGCACAAAGGAAUUCGCUGCAAAGUGUCAGGAGUGUGGCAAAAUGUUCAAUGAUCGCGGUUACCUUUCCAGCCAUAUGAAGAUCCAUAGAGAUAAAAAGGAAUACGCAUGUCCACAUUGUCCCAAGAGGUUUAACCAGAGGGUGGCGUACAAUAUGCAUUUGAGGAUACAUACGGGUGUUAAGCCACAUGAGUGCAACGUGUGUGGUAAAAGCUUCUCAAGAAAAAUGUUGCUGAAACAACACCAACGUGUCCAUACUGGAGAAAGACCAUACUCGUGUCCAGAAUGCGGAAAGACGUUUGCUGAUCGGUCGAAUAUGAGCCUUCACGCAAGACUUCAUACAGGGGUAAAACCGUACUCUUGCGAUCUCUGCCCGAAGAGCUUCACGAAGAAACACCAUCUCAAGACACAUAUGAACUUCCAUACGGGCCUAAAACCGUACAAAUGCGACAGGUGCGGACUGGCCUUUUCGCAGAGCAGUAACAUGAGGACGCACUACAAAAAGUGCGUGUUACGACACGGAGGAGGAGAUGGUAGUAAUAGUGGAGGAGAGGGGGCUAGUGGGUUAAAAGUGGAAGUUAUCAACAGUUAACAAUCGUUUUUGAGAGAUUAAAUUUCAUGUAUGAAGGCCAAAAGUCAACAGAGGCUUAAUAGACAGUAUCCCUGCUGAGUUGAAGAUUUCUAUGAGAAAAGGAAAUCGCCCCGCCUAGCUUUUUGAGGCAAGACUAGAUUGUUCACGGGGUGUGGAUGCCGCAACCUUGAAACUCCUUUUUUACGGCGGACAGCUUCAACUAUAUAUUUCUCUAAAUAGCAGAAUUAAAUCCUCAUUCUUCAGUUAUUGAAGCCGGGUUGUUUCUAUUUUUAAAUAAAUACUAGUUUUAUUUUUUUAAAUAAAUACUUAUUUUAUUUUUGUUUAUAAAUUGUUUGUUUCUAAUUUGUAUAGUUUUUAUAAAUACAGUAUUUUCAACAAAAUAAUCUGUGAUAUGUGUAUGAGGCAAGUACUGAAG